GCGGUUUCCGCUCUUAUUUCACGCUCAGAUCGAGAGAGACGCAGCUCGAGGUCCGAUCAUCGUCGACGCGAAGGCUUCCUCAGACGCAUAGAAGAACAUUAAAACACAAGCGCUUCAUCCUAAAGCGACGUUCGCGCUUCGGGGGCACCCGUUUUUCGUUCCUUUGUUUAGUUACACGUCUCACCGAGCGGCGUCAGCAGCAGCGAGAGCGACACACCGGCGAACAAAGAACCCCGUUUGUGUUCGACAUCAGCCCUCAACCGCCGUCAGUUAUGAGUCAUGUGGCCGUGGAGAGUGUGCCCGGUCUGGACCCGCAGCUCGCGGCCCUAGACUUGAACUCCGCUGACGUUCAAGGAGUCCCUGGAAGGCGCUACAUUCCACCUCAUCUAAGGAACAAAGAAGCUUCCAAAAAUGAUUCUCCCGGAGGAUGGGAUAACGGACGCAGCAAUGGCUUCGUGAACGGCUGCCAUGAUGGCCGAGACAACCGCAUGAAUGGGGGCAACAGUUUCGGUGGCCGCGGCUCCAUGCGCAACGACCGCGGAGGAAGAGGAGGCUUCAGAGGUAACACCAGCGGCUCCUACAACCCCAUCCAGCCAAUGCAGAGCGCAGGAUUUGGUUAUGAAAACAAAGAUGCCAGUGGCUGGAAUGCCCCAAAAGACACUGCCUACAACAGCUUUGGCGGCCGCUCUGACCGGGGCAAAUCAUCUUUCUUCAAUGACCGCGGGUCUUCAUCCAGGGGGCGGUAUGAGCGUGGAGGUUUUGGCGGCGGUGGGAACAGCCGAUGGGUGGAGGACUCCAGAGACGAUGAAGACUGGUCCAAGCCGUUGCCUCCCAAUGAGCGUGUGGAACAUGAGCUCUUCUCUGGAAGCAACACAGGGAUUAACUUUGAGAAAUAUGAUGACAUUCCUGUUGAAGCCACAGGCCAGAACUGUCCACCACAUAUUGAGAGUUUCCAUGAUGUAGAUAUGGGAGAGAUCAUUAUGGGAAAUGUAGCCCUGACCCGCUACACACGGCCCACUCCUGUCCAGAAGCACGCUAUUCCCAUCAUCAAGACUAAGAGAGACCUGAUGGCGUGCGCACAGACGGGUUCUGGUAAGACUGCAGCCUUCCUGCUGCCGGUCCUGAGCCAGAUAUACACUGAAGGACCGGGAGAGGCGCUGCAGGCGGUGAAGAACAGUGCACAGGAAAAUGGGAAAUAUGGCCGCCGUAAGCAGUAUCCCAUUUCGCUGGUUUUAGCCCCAACAAGGGAACUGGCGCUCCAGAUCUACGAUGAGGCCAGGAAGUUUGCGUACCGCUCUCAUGUGCGGCCCUGUGUGGUGUAUGGAGGCGCUGAUAUCGGUCAGCAGAUUCGUGAUCUGGAGAGAGGCUGCCAUCUGCUGGUGGCCACUCCUGGGCGUCUGGUGGACAUGAUGGAGAGGGGCAAGAUCGGCCUGGACUACUGCAAUUAUCUGGUGCUGGAUGAAGCAGACCGCAUGUUGGACAUGGGCUUCGAGCCACAGAUUCGUCGUAUCGUCGAGCAGGACACCAUGCCGCCCAAAGGGCUUCGUCAGACCAUGAUGUUCAGUGCCACCUUCCCCAAGGAGAUCCAGAUCUUGGCUCGUGACUUCCUGGAGGAAUAUAUCUUCUUGGCUGUGGGCAGGGUUGGUUCUACCUCAGAGAAUAUCACCCAGAAGGUGGUGUGGGUUGAGGAGAAUGACAAGAGGUCCUUCCUGCUCGACUUGCUCAAUGCCACAGUCAUUCCGAAUGAGGUUCAGGACAGUACGGGGGAGAGCGUAGAAAAACCUGGUAAAGAAUCUUUGACCUUGGUGUUUGUUGAGACCAAGAAGGGAGCGGAUGCUCUGGAGGACUUCCUGUAUCGUGAGGGCUACGCCUGCACCAGUAUCCACGGCGACCGUUCCCAGAGAGACCGCGAGGAAGCGCUCCAUCAGUUCCGUUCAGGGAGAUGCCCCAUCUUAGUAGCCACGGCUGUGGCUGCUCGUGGUCUGGACAUCUCCAAUGUGAAACACGUCAUUAACUUUGACCUGCCUAGUGACAUCGAGGAGUACGUCCACCGCAUCGGGCGAACCGGUCGCGUGGGAAACCUUGGUCUUGCCACAUCAUUCUUCAAUGAUAAGAAUAGCAACAUCACCAAGGAUCUGCUGGACAUCGUGGUGGAGGCCAAACAGGAAGUCCCCUCCUGGCUGGAGAGCCUGGCCUAUGAGCACCAGCACAAGAGCAGCAGCCGCGGGCGCUCCAAGAGGUUUUCUGGUGGUUUUGGUGCUAGAGACUACCGUCAGACCAGCAGCAGCACCAGCGGCGGAGGCUUCGGGAGUCGCGGCGGCCGUAACACCGGCGGUCACGGAGGAAACCGUGGAUUUGGCGGGGGUGGCUUUGGUAACUUCUACAGCAGUGAUGGCUAUGGAGGAAACUAUUCGCAGGUGGACUGGUGGGGAAACUAAGACUCCUUCCUUCACCUCUUCACUCCCCACGAUGACAGUGGAUCACCAUGCCAAACUCACUGAAUGGAAACCACAUGUACCAUAGCCAGACUGUAUACCCUGUGUAGCUUUGAAGAACUUUGCAGUACAUUACCAGCUGUGAUUCUCUGACCACAUCCGGAGAAGCUUGAGCUCCGUGGGACUCGGGGAUGCCGGGAUUUCUGGAGGUUUGACUGAAGCAGGACACGCUCUCGUGCCGAAGGGGGAACGGAGGCUGAAGUUUGCUUUAGAUUCUUGGACUCUAGUUUUCCACUACAUCUCAUUUCUUUAUACUAAAUGAGAAUCAUUUGUUUGUUAAUGUACUGUGCCUUUACAUUUAGACUCGCUGUGUUUUGUUUGUUUUCCAUUCUCCUUUUUAAAUGUCUGGCUGGCAAUUGUUUUCCCCUCUUUUUUUUUUUUUUUUUUUUUCUCCCCGCUCUAAAGAUUUGUUUGGAUGGUAUAACAAAAGCUUGGAUGUAAUCAAACCUUGGCAAAGUCUGGGAUGGUCUGUCACAACCUCAUUUUGAACUGAAAUUUUGUAUGGGGUCACCUGACCCCCUCGAUUGGCUUGAGGUCUCUUGUGUGGUAAAACUAUCACAAGGGGGUGAAAAAUAUUGAAUGUUGGAAGGAAAAGAUCUCGCUCACUCUAUCCUGGAGAGGCAUCAAUAAGAGACGGUAGUCUUCUGAGA